GGGAGGUAAACACCACAGAGGAGCUGCCGGGUUAGGUGGGGGUGUGCGGGGCGCGUGCAUGCUAUCUGGAUCCUGUGCUUGUCCGUGUGUCUUCAUGAAGAGCAUGGCGUACGAUGAUGCAGCAGGCCAUGAUUUUUCUUUUUUCUCAUCUCUCUUCUUCUUCUCCUCUCUUCUCCUUCGUCCUCCCUCUCCUCUCUCCUUCCUCCCUCGCCUGUGUGCCACAGAGCUGGGGGCGUCGUUGCCAGGAGCGACGGCGACGACAUCAUGGAUUAUUUACAGACUGCCUUGAAUUGAGGACCACCGCCGGCGGCACUGGGGGGGUCAGGCAGACAGACGGCUCUCUGUGCAGACCGCAGGCAGACAGGCAGACACAUCUGGGCUGAAUCCGCAGCAGAGCUUCAGAGGAGGAGAAAGGCCCAGCAGGCACAGCGCUAUGCUGGGUGUCGGGAACCAGCUGAAACCGGUUUGAGGCAGACGGAGGGGCUAACAGGAACAAUGGCGUGUCUGUGCUCCACUGAGGGGAAUAGAGACAGAGAGAUGGAACGCUGUAGGUUAACUUUAGCACGUCAAACAGAAGGCCCACGACCGCCACGACCAGCUCGCAGCAUUCUGCCUGCUGACGCCAUCGGCUUGGCUGUGGCUAGCCGAUGCAGCAUAGCUCUCGCUCACUCUCUCUCUCUCUCUCUCUCUCUCUCUCUCUCUCUCUCUCUCUCUCUCUCCCUCUCUUUCUCUCUGCCUCUCUCUCCCUCUCCCCCUCCCUCCCCUGAGGGGGAGCAGCGCAGAGCAUGGAGGAGGGAGGAGGGGGGGGGGUGUGGAAGGGACCCAGGAGGGGCAAAGAGACUGGAUGGACGUGGCAGAUUGUAGGGAGAAAGAGAGAGAGAGAGAGAGAGAGCGAGAGAGAGAGAGAGAGAGAGAGAGAGAGAGAGAGAGAGAGAGAGAGAGAGAGAGAGAGAGAGUGUGAAUCUGCCGGGAGCCUACCGCCACAUAGGAUCCGUCUCGGUCUAUCAGUCUGUCUCUCUCUCCCUCUCUAUCUAUCUGUCUCCUUCUCUUUGUGUAUCCCCAUCCCACCGUCCCCCCCACCGUCCCCCUCUGCGCGGGGUCGUAUGCCACUGGUCUGGGGCUGCAGAGCAGGAGGACCACCACCACAGGCACCAGACAGGGCAGCAGCAGAGCCCUGGAUGUAACCUGACCCCUGGGAGGCUCCGGGCCCUGGUCUACCCGCUGGUGGGGAAGGAAAGGAGGAAGAAAGAGGAUCUCCUUGUUUUUGUUUGGUUUUUCCUUCGUCCUUUCGCCCCCCCCCCCUCCUGCUCCACGCUCCCCGAAUCACCCACCCCCACACCCACCUCACCCCCCACACCCACCGUCCCUAAGGCAGGGUGGGCUGGACGGAGAGGAGGGUGGAUGAUUUUGAUUUUCUAGGGGUGUUAGUGGUGGUGGUGGUGACUUUGUCUGUCUCAGGAUGGAAGGAGGAGGAGGAGGAGGAGGAGGAAGGAGGAGGAAAGGACGAAGGUUUUGUUAGUGUCUGGAGAGAGACGCAGGAGAGAUGAAACCCUCGUCGGGCCUUGAGCAGGGGACCAUGGCAGACAUGAAGACUCCGGACUUUGACGACCUGCUGGCGGCCUUCGACAUCCCCGACAUGGUGGACCCCAAGGCUGCGAUCGAGUCCGGCCAGAACGACGAUCACGAAGGACCCCUCAAGCAGGCCAACGGGGGCAGGGGGGGGGCGACCAGUGAGGACGGGCCCCUGUCGGCACACGACGUUGGCGUUAGCGUCAUCGUGAAGAACGUCAGGAGCGCGGACGCCGGAGAGCAAGAUAGAUCCCUGCAGAAGAACGUCAGGAAGAGCCAUAACCCCCGGCAUGCCCACGAUCCCCAUGGUAACGGUGUUCAUUAUGGUUUACUACAGGCAACUGCAUCCGCUAUCAAACUCGACUCCAAGAACGGAUGGCGAGUUCCCAUGGAGGAAAGUCCAUCAGCCAAUGCUACAACCCUGACGAUUCAUCAGUUCAGCCCCAUAUCCAGUGCUGAAGAGUUUGAUGACGAUGAUAGGAUUGAGGUAGACGAGCCCACAGUGAUGAACUGCAGCCAGCCAUUAUUUAGAACCACUCCCAACUCCUUCGCUGUCCAUCCUUCCUGUCCCAAGAAAGAAGAGCAGAAUCGUCGGUUACCUACGUUGGUGGACUUUGACUCCAAGCUCAGAGCAACUAGAAAUCUAGGUCAAACUAAAGCUGAGGCGAAUAACAAGUAUGGUACUUUAAAUAACGCCAAUCCCACGGACACGUCCAAGGCAAAGCCCGAACUGCAAGCAAAACAGGAAGGCAUCAACCCCCAGGCACAGGAAGGUAAAGAGGCUGUUGAACUGUCAGGAAGCAGCUCAGAUCCUGAUCUAAGUGUUUCCCAGGCCAAAGCAAAGACCUCUGCCAAGCUUUCUUCUUGUAUAGCCGCCAUAGCAGCCCUCAGUGCAAAGAAAACCAGUAGCAGGCCCCCGAGAGUCUCCGAUCGCCCGACAAUCCAGAAGGAAUCAAUCGCUGUCAGUCCCCGCGGCGAAUCACCGAAGGUAGCCAAGGAGAGCCCAGGCCCUCCAGAGAGGCAAUCCAAACAGGAGUCAGCUCUUGAAGUUGCCAAACGACUGUUGUCAAGAGAACCAGACAGCCCAUGUAGUGUCACUAGUGAAUGUAGCAGUAAAGAAUCCCCUACCUCGCCUACAGGCACCACCCCGGUUAUCCCCAAAGUUCGGAUCAAGACCAUCAAGACCUCGUCGGGCCAGAUCAAACGCACCGUCACCAGAGUCCUUCCCGAGUUUGACGCCGAAGGCAAGAGUGGGGAGGAUUCCAACAACUUGUCUGCAAUGGUUUCCUCUGCGCUUUCCCCCACCACAUCCAACAGAGUCUCUCCCUCCCCGAGAAAAGACUUGCUUCCAAACACAGUGCUAGCAGGCCGUCGCUCGUUGGAAGUAACAAGGCACAUGACCAUCAAGCCUGUGGCGACUGCCUUUCUCCCAGUCUCAGCAGUCAACAAGGCAGGUUCACAAGUCAUCAAUCUUAAGCUAGCGAACAACACCACAGUCAAAGCAACGGUAAUCCCUGCGUCCUCUGUGCAAAGUGCCAGCAGUGCUAUCCGUAGAGCUGCCAACGCCACCCAACAACAGACUGUCAUGGUGCCGAACUCCAGUCUGGCCAACGCCAAACUCGUGCCAAAGACUGUUCAUCUGACCAACCUUAACCUUCUCCCAAAAGCUGCAUCCAACACCACCUGUGAGAUCCAACAGGCUGCACCAGGCAAGAAAAUAAAACAACAGCAAGUCAAACCACAAACCGCCAAGGCUGGCCAGCUCCCGAAGAAAGUCUCCAGGGUCCAGGUGUUGUCCAGCACUCAAAGUACCGUGGUGGAGGCAUUUAACAAGGUCCUGAGUAGCAUCAACCCUGUGCCUGUAUAUGUGCCCAACCUCUCCCCGCCUACCUCAGCCUGUAUCUCCCUCCCUUCCCGUGGCUACAAGUGCCUUGAAUGCGGGGACUCCUUCGCGCUGGACAAAAGCCUAAGCCAACACUUUGAGCGGCGCAGCGUACGAAUAGAGGUCACCUGCAACCACUGCGCAAAGAGCCUGGUGUUCUACAACAAGUGCAGCCUGUUGUCCCACGCCAGGGGGCAUAAGGACAAAGGGGCGGUCAUGCAGUGUUCCCACCUUAUUCUGAAACCCAUUCCCACCAACCAGAUGACACACACGUCCCCCCCCGUCGGCCCAUGUGGCGCUGCUUCGGCCCCUGUCUCGACCGCGCCGACCGUGAACCUCGCAACGACUGCGUCCCAAGCAAAGGCGACCAGCGGGGGGGCGCCGAUGGCGGUCAUCUCAGCCCCGAGUGGUUCUCCCCUAAUGGCGGCCAUGCCUCUGGAGGACGACGGGACCAAGCAGUGUAGACAGUGUCUCAAGUGCCUGGAGUGCAACGAGAUGUUCCUGGAUGAGAGCUCCCUAGUGAUCCACUAUCAGCACGCAGUGGAGAUCAACGCACAGAAAACCUGCAGUGUCUGCCAAAUGCUGCUCCCCAACCAGUGCAGCUUUGUGUCCCAUCAACGGAUCCACCAGCACAAGUCUCCCUUCAUCUGCCCUGAGUGUGGAACCAGCUGCCGGUCGGUCCACUUCCAGUCUCACAUUACCAAGAACUGCCUGCAUUACACCCGCAGGGUCGGCUACCGGUGCGUCCACUGCAGUGUGAUCUUUGGAGAUGCGGCGUCCCUCAAGUCCCACAUCCAGAACACCCACUGCGAGGUGUUCUAUAAAUGUCCCAUGUGCCCCAUGGCGUUCAAGUCUGCACAAGCCAUUCACUCACAUGGGUACACCCAGCAUCCAGGAGCCAAGCUGGCAGAACCCAAGUUGAUUUAUAAAUGUUCCAUGUGUGACACGGUGUUCACGCUGCAGUCCCUGCUCAACUCACACUUUGAUCAGCACGUCGGCAGCCACAAGGUGUCUGUGUUCAAGUGUCCCGACUGCUCCUCGCUGUACGCCCAGAAGCAGCUCCUGUUGGACCACAUCAAGAUCACACAUGGGACCCUAAAGAACAUCGAGGGUCCUCCCAACCUGGGCAUCAACCUGCCCCUGAGCACCAAGCCCACCCAUUCCAACAGCAACAACAACAACAACAACAACAGCAGCAGCAACAAAGAUGGCGGCCAUGCCAACCUCCCAGGCAAGAAGCCCGGGCCCUUGUCCCUGAAGACGACCAACAGCCACUGUAACUCAGGGGACCAUCGGGGCCCCCAGGGGCCCCAGGUGUACACGUGUGGGGACUGCGACGGUGUCUUUACCACCAGGGAGGGGUUUGUGUCCCAUGUGAGGCGAGACCACGGCAAGAUCCUUAAGAAGCAUCCGUGUCGGCAGUGUGACAAGUCCUUUAGUUCCUCACACAGCCUGUGUCGACACAACCGACUGAAACACAAGGGUCUGCGGAAAAUCUACACCUGUCCGCAUUGCCCUCCUCUGAGUCAGCCGUUCACCAAGAGAGUGCUGCUUGAUCAACACAUCCAACUGAUGCACGACGUCAAGGAACCAGAGUCCAAGAGCCAGGAACCUGCUGAUGUGGAAUCCCAACCCAACAAGGCCGCUGGCUCCAAGAGGAAACCAGAGGAGGAAGAAGAGGGGGACGGCGAGGGGUCUCCCGGCCUGCACCCCAGGGGCGCCCACGGUCCACAGCCGCCGCCGGUGAAGAAGCCCAAGGUCCAGCUCCCCAAGGCGCUCCAGUGCGCCGUCUGCGGCUUCUGCGGCGCGGCCGACCCGGCGGCCUUCCGCCUGCACAUCCCGCAGCACAAGACGGACGGCUCGUCGCACCAGUGCCAGGAGUGCGGCCUCUGCUACACCUCCCACCGCUCGCUGGCGCGCCACCUCUUCAUCGUCCACCGGCUGAAGGACCACCACAACCUGGCCCGGCGCGGACGCACGGACGCCGCCUCCGCCGCCGACGAGGAGGACGGCGAAGGCGACGGUCCGAGCGGGAGGGAGAACCAAUCGGACGUCAGGGACGAGAACGACCACGGGCUGCCGGGCCCGAGGUGCAAGGUGUGCCGGAAGGUGUUUGACACGGAGGGGCACCUGAACAGCCACAUGAGGACUCACGGGAUGGCGUUCAUCAAGGCCAAGAGGCUGAGCGCUGCCGAGAAGUGAAGGGGGCGGGGUCAGAGCUCCGGUGGUGGCGAGGAGGACUCGAGGGUCGAGGGACAAUGACCAAGAUGGCGUGAUGAAGAUCUUUAUAUUUGACUACACGUUUUGCACAAACGUAUAUUUAUGUAUGUAUAUGUAUGUAUAUAUAAAGAACUGAAUGGAUCUAUGUGCUAAAUGUAAGUGUAAGACAGAGAGAUGCAAUGUGUUGUAGGAAGAUAUUUCAGUGUCACUUUAUGUGUGGUCAGACGGAGUUGAACAAUUGAAAUAACUUUUUUGUACACGAGAGGUCUUUGAAUAGAUCUUUUUUUAUAGAGAGAGAAAAUAGUGUUUUAUUUUGCAGCAGUUCCAUUGUGGACGCGACACUCUGGGUGUCGUAUCACGUGCAGGUUGUUUUGGUGGGACCCUGGGAAGCCAUGCUCAGAGUUGCAAAUACUCUUAAUGUCCAAUGAAUGUUUAAUAGCACUGCAACAACCCGUCCCACACACACACACACACACACUCACACACACACACACCCACACACAAACACACACACACGCACACACACACACACACAC